AUGCGCUGGGAUCGUAUACCCCCUUGCUCGCCGAAUGAACUCGAAUUCAAGAUUGCCGAUAUUGCCAAGUUCCCAGCACUUGAAUCUAUUAGGUCACCGCCGCUAACGGCCGGACCUUUUACUUUUAAGUUGUUGGUAUUCCCCCACGGCAAUCGUCCACGUGCACCGGUGUAUGUUGCUGCAUACGUGGAGUGUCAGGAAAGGGAGGAAGGAUGCGAGAAAGCUCGUAUUUUUUUCGGCCUUACGGCCGAGAAGGUUUCCUAA